AUGGCCUCCACUGUCGGUGAAGUGAUCACUUGCAAAGCGGUCGUGUGCAAGGAAGUGCAGAAACCCGGACAAACCUACAACGAUAUAAUCGAGGUGAUGGAUAUACAGGUGGAUCCGCCGCAAAACACCGAGAUCAGGGUCAUGAUGCUGUCUGCCGGUAUCUGCCACACCGAUAUUUCAACUAUCGAGGGCUUCAUGACCACGACGAAUUUCCCUCGAGUUCUGGGGCACGAAGGUGUUGGGUAA